UGCCCCCACCACAGGAUGGCAGAAGCUCCACAGCCCAACUCCACCUUCCCACGCCCAAGCUUCUUCAUAAUGGCUGGCAUUCCAGGGCUAGGGGAUGCCCAGGCCUGGAUGACACUGGUCUUCGGGCCCAUGUAUCUGCUGGCCUUGCUGGGCAAUGGAGCAGUGCUGGCAGUGGUGCAGAUAGACUCCACACUACACCAGCCCAUGUUUCUACUCCUGGCCACGCUGGCAGCCACAGACCUGAGCUUAGCCACAUCUAUAGCCCCAGGGUUGCUGGCCGUGCUGUGGCUUGGGCCCCAGCCUGUGCCAUAUGCUGCCUGCCUUGUGCAGAUGUUCUUUGUUCAUGCGCUGACUGCCGUGGAAUCUGGUGUACUGCUGGCCAUGGCCUGUGAUCGUGCUGUAGCAGUAGGGCGUCCACUGCAUUACCCUAUUCUAGUCACCAAAGCCCGUGUGGGCUAUGCAGUCCUGGUACUGGCACUGAAAGCUGUGGCUAUUGUUGUGCCUUUCCCUCUGCUGGUGGCACGAUUUGAGCACUUCCGAGCCAAGACCAUAGACCACGCCUACUGUGCACACAUGGCAGUGGCAGAGCUUGUAGUAGGGAACACAUGGGCCAACAACUUGUACGGGCUGGCACUUUCCCUGGCCGUGUCAGGUGUAGAUAUUCUGGGCAUCAGUGGCUCCUAUGGGCUCAUUGCUCAUGCUGUGCUGCGGCUGCCUACCCGAGAGGCCCGUGCCAAGGCAUUUGGUACAUGUAGUUCCCACAUCUGUGUCAUUCUGGCCUUCUAUGUGCCUGGUCUUUUCUCCUACCUCACACACCGCUUUGGUCGUCACACUGUCCCAAAGCCCGUGCAUAUCCUUCUCUCUAACAUCUAUUUGCUGCUGCCACCUGCCCUCAACCCUCUCAUCUAUGGGGCCCGCACCAAGCAGAUCAGGGACCGGCUACUGGAAACUUUCACAUUCAGAAAAGGCCAGUUCUAACAGGCAGUGAAAACAAUGGAGGCUGGGGGUGGAGGUGAGGGGACAUUCAAAGGAGAGUCUGGGGUCUAGAGGUAUGGAUUAUGUCAUCUUUGUCCCAUUAUCUGCAUAUGACUGUGAUAACCACUCAAUAGAUAUUUGCUGUGAAGCUUCUACUACGUGUACCACUGGCAGUUGUAGACUUUGGUCUAGCCAUGUAUCCUGCUUGGGAUGAGGCAGGAAGCAGGGGACUACAUGCUACCAUGUGGGGAAAAUAAGAAGAGAUCAGGGAAUUAUCAGGGAAUCAUGGUACACAAGAUUUAACUUAAAGAAACCUGCUCCCUCCCACCAUCAUUUUAACCUAAGUCUUCCCAUGCUCCCAUACAAAAGCUCCUCUACAGAUCCUGGACCUGGGGGUCUGGGAAGAGUGACACUGCCUCUGGAGGCAAAUGCUUAGUUAGGUACUUGCCUGGGA